UACAGAAACGACGUCCGCUGAUGACAGUUACGAUGCGAGAACGUUUGCGCUAACAAGUGAACCAAUUUCGAAAUUUUCACCCAAGUUAUUUGCGUUACGUGAGACGACACGGAGAAACGACAAAAACACAAAUUCUGGUGGUUUUUUUAAUGACUUUAUAAUGGGCAAAGGUAGAAAUCGUCAUCGCGGUCCGCGAUCGAAUCCCGUUCAAACGCCGCCGCCGAAGAAAAAUGCGCCGAAAAACAAACAAACGUCACAUGGCACCCCAACUGCUGCUGCCGCUGUUGCUGCUGAAACGAAGAAAAACAACAAAAAUGAUGAAAAUUCGCCACAAAAAUUCAAUUCGACGACAUUGCCUGAGAAACGAAAAACCCAAGGCGAUAAUCAGCAGCGUGAAAAAUGCAAAGAGAAACAGGAGCAAGUGAGAGAUGUCGUUAAAAAUAACAACGUUGCGAGCGAAUCUGACGUUAAUGGUGACGUCGCAGCUGAAAAACAUUCGUCGCCGACGACGACGACGGAAAACGGUGCAUCUUCAUUCAUUCACACGGAGCCAUUGAAUGAACAAGAAGGCAACGACGUCGCCUCAAAUUUAUUAUUUUCGAGAGAAAAUUCGAAUGAAUUUGCUCCGCCAGAGAAGAAAAGUAAGACUUGCGACACAACAGCGACGAUACAUCAACCGAGUGACACCAACGACGAAGAGGCUGUAGAAAAUUUGGGGGAAAAUCGCCAAGAAAUAAGCAGCGAAAACUGUGAGACAGAUGAAAUGGGGCAACCGAAUAGUAAAAACGGUCCGAAUAGUAGUAACGGUCUCCCGAAAAAUGAUUCGAGUGCGAGUUUAGACGCAGCUGCAGCAACAUCCUCAAGCCAGUUAGACAUCAAAAUGGGCUCGGAUGACUCGACAAGCCCCACGGAGCGCGCUACAAGUCCCGGAGUUAAAAGUGUCCGUUUUAACGACGAAAAUUUGUGUAGUUAUGCGGAUGAUAUUUUCUACGAAGCCAACGAGACGAGUCUCGGAUCGACAACGUCGCUCGAUACGCUGCCAAAUAAUUUAGAUAAUUCCAAAAGUGAUGAAAAUGUGCAAAAAGUUCCUUUAGAAGAUGCCGAAGACUUUGAUCUAAUCGAGGAAGACGACGACGACAUAACGUCGACAUAUGAGGAAGCUCAGUCAAUUAGUGUUCUUGUGACAAACGAUGAAUUUUACGAAAAUAUUGUGCAAUCGCCAUCGUCAAAAAAUAAUGUGCAAAUAAAUAAUCACGAAGAAAAUUCUCACGAUAGUGCAUUUAAUGAUGAUGACGAUGUCGAUGUUGAUGAUUGUGAGAAAAAUAACGUUGAAAAUCUAGAAAAAACAAGCAUUUACAACAACAACAACGCCGAAAAUGACAAAAUAAAUGAAGAAGAUCAAGUGAAAAAAUCGACUGAUAACAAAAAUUUUAGUGAAAAUAUUCAUUCCUUAAACGAAAACGACGAAAAAGUGAAAAAUCUCUACAUGGAAGACACCAUCAGCUUACCGGACAUUGUUGAGUCCAGCAAUCAUCCGCUCAAUGGAAUAGCAGAAGAUGAAAAAACCGAUGAAAAGCGUGAUCUCGUCAAUCAAGAAUCGCGAUACAAUGUUCAACUGGAAGCGGCUGCGCAAAAGGUCAUCGAGCUGAAAUCGCAAAUUAACGAGCUGGAACGCGACAUUUCGAACAAAACUGGAGUGCAAGAACGUCUCCAAGCCGAGCUUGAUGCUGCUAAUAAGGAUUCCGAAACGGUUCGUAUGAAGUUGAAACAACAAGCGGAAGAGUUGGAACGACUAAGGUUAGAGGCUGACGACCAAACGGAGGAAUGGAGACAAAAAUACUACGACUUGGAGAAAGUUCAUGCCGAGACCGAGGAAAAGUUAAAAGGAGCUCAAACGUUAGCGACAUCGCUGCAGAUACAGAUUGCCGAUGUGCGAAGUGACACGGAAAAGUGUCAGUUAGAGAAGGAAAAACUCAUGGACGAGAAAACGGAGGAGCAAAAAGUGCUCCGCGAGGCACUCGAUAAAGCCAUCAAGGAACGCAAUGAGAUCGAGGCCAAGUGGAAGCAUGACUUUGAGCAAUUGCGUAACGUUAAUUCGGACCGCGAAGAGCGUCUCAUGGAGGAUUGCGAAUGGAAGAUGCGCUCGAUGCAGAAACAGUGCAAAGAAAAGCUGGAAAAUGCGGAAAAGGAACGUCUUGCUGCCGUACAAAAAAUGACAAAAAUCGAGGAGGAUUGCAAACGUCACACAAUCGAGCUUCAAAAUGUCAAGAGCUAUGAACUGGAACUCAGCCAAUUACGGAAUUUAACAAAUGGACAACAUGAAACGAUUGCUCAAUAUCGCCAACAAAUCGACGAGUUGAAAGCUGAAGUGGCGACCGUUACAAAGAAAUUGGAUGAGGAAAUUGAAAAUUGCAAGGAUAUUAAGAAGAAAUGUGAAUUACAAAUGAUAGAAAAGGAAAAAGAUGCAAUUAACCGCAUUGAUAUUGCUCGCGGAACAAUAGCCAUGCAAUGGGAAGACAAAUUACUCGAAGAAAUGGCCCGUUUAAAGAUGGAACUCGAACAAAUCGGACUCGAAGAGAAGCAAGAAGCUCUCGCAAAGCUCAGAAAGGAAACUGACGAGGAAUUACAAGCUUUGACAUCAACAUUCACCGCAAAACAGGAAGAAUUGGAGCAAGAAAUCGCCAGUUUGAAAGAAGCGUUGGAGAAGAAACAACAGGAAUACGUAGAACUUCAAGCGAAAUCUGAUUCCACGAUGAUGGAGACGCGCCAAUAUUUGGAUCGGGCGGAACGUGACAGUCAGGUUGCUUUGGAGAGGGAAAUUAGGAAGCGGGAAAGCGUUAUUGAAACCAUGAAACAAGAACACGACCAAGAAAUUGAACAGUUGGCACAAAAAUGGGAAACGCGACUUGAACGGUUGCAGGAGGAAUACCAAAGGGACAUCUCAGACCAAACGGAGCUCCUGAAAUCGAAACACAAACGGGAAAUGGAGGAACAAUGGAAACAAUUGGUAGCAGAAAAGGAAGAGGCAUUACAAAGUAUUGAAUCAAAACACAAGAAAAAGAUUGAAGAAGCUGAAAAUCAUAUAAGAGAGCUUGUUACGCGCCACGAAGAGGCCUUGAAGGAACUUCAGGAAGCCCAUACGUCGGAACGGAGUGCCUUGGAGCGACGUGAUGCCAAGAAUGUGCAGGAAAUUGAUACGUUACACAAAAAGUGUCGUUGUCUCACGAAACUUUUUGAGGAGAUGAGAAUGCGCUACGAGCGUCGUGAUCCUCGUCCGGAAGAUUUGCGUCAAAUAACGGAGCUAAAGAGCAUCGUGGAAGCACAAGAUCGUGAUUUACGCAUCCUCACCGAACGUUUCCGCGAGAUCCAAAUUUUCCAACAGCACACACAGAACAUGAUGCAUUCACACAGUCUGCCGCCCUAUGCUCAAGUCGUUGCCCAGCAACAAGCUGCACAAGCAGCUCAGCAGCAGCAACAACAAUCGCAACAACAACAACAACCCGGUCAACCUCCUGUCCAAAUGAUUCCACCGAUGCGUGCCAAGAGCAAAAGUCGCACUCCCGUUCCAAAUGGCACGCCACUUCCGCCCGUCAUCCCUCCGCCGCCAAUUUCGAGUGCCAUGAUGCAAAUGUUCGCGAACCCAGCGCACGUCGGAAGUCCCGUUUGCGAAGUCAUCUACGAAGAGAACGAGGAAAAUGACCAAAUGAACGGAUUCGCUGCCCAAAAUGGUCACAAGAAGGAAUGCACGCCCGCACGAAUGAAUGGCGAUUCGCAUAUUCCGCCACCCGUCGACCAAAAAGCCAUCGUUAAUGAUAUAAUUAAUGAAGUUGUGGCUUCAGCGCACAUUCAGGCGCACGGAUUAGCCGAAUCUGCCUUUUAAGUGUCUUUUACAAUUGUUCGGUAAAAGGCAAGCGACAAUUAUUUUUUACAAAAAAAAAAAGAAAAUUAUUUGUGUAUUAUUUUUAAUUAAAUAAUUUAAAAUGAAACGAAAAAAAAAAUUACAAAACUGAUGUAAAUAUAAUUUAAAAGCAAUGAAAACUUAGCAAAAAAAUAUCAAUAAAUAUUUUAUUUUUAUUUAUUUUUCACAUCGGGAGCUCUCACGACUCCUGUAGAAUUUCAUGUGAGAAGCAAUCAAAAUUUUUUACUUUGUACAGAAAAAAUGCUUGUGAAAUAUUGUAAUUUUUAAGAAAAAUAAGAAAAUUAUCUCAAAAAUUGUUCUUUAAAAUAGUUUUAAAGCUGUGCCUUCGAAUUAUUAUAUACGAUACAAAAAUUUAUUUAAAUAAAU